GAUUAGUAGAUGUUGAAGAGUUCGAAGAAGCUGAAAAAUGGAUACAAGUCUGUACAAGUGAGUACGUAGCCUUUACUAUGCGUUAUCAUGAUUAUAUUAAGAAAAUAGAUGAGGAUAAAAGUAAACAGAAUGUCAGUGACAGUGUCGUUGGUGAAUCGAGUGAAGAGAACAAUGAGGAAAGUAAUGGUAGUCAAGGAAGUAACAAUCUGAUUGAACAGUCUACUGUUUCUAAUGAGAACAAUCACGCAAGCACAAUGCAAAACCCUGAAAUGAUACAACACAGUCCGAGUUCAGCCAAGCCCUUUACUGUUAAGCAUGAAAAAGCCAAAUUACCUGUGUUUACUGUUGAUGUUCGACAAUAUUUCAUAUUUAAGUCAGAUUUUAAACACGCUGUCGAAGCGCAAUAUUCCGAAAGAGAUACAUUGACAGAUCUACGUUCAUGUUUAAGUUCUGAGCCUGCCAAAUUGAUCGAAGGAAUAAGCUCUGAUUUAAACGCUGCACGGAAGUUCCUAGACCAAAAUUAUGGUGAGCGCCCCCAGGAUAUGGAUAAUACGCAUGUGAUCUCCCUGAUAGAGAGAAAAAUGAGCGAAGAGGGUGUGGGCGCGCUAUCUUAA